CCCACACACCAUCCCACAGUGUCAGCAGGGUGCGAAAGCCUCCUGGGAGGCCACCACCACCGUGAUCGCCCCGCCCCGCUUGCUGUCCGCCCUGCCUGCGUGUUGGGGCUGCCCCGCCUAACCGUAUUUUGUGUCUGACACAGGCAAAAUGGCGGACGGCGGCAGGAAGACCAACAUCGCCGAGGGCGAUGUGGACAUGGAGUUUGAGACCAGCAAGGGCGUCAAGGUGGUCAGCAGCUUUGACGCCAUGGGCCUGCGGGAGCAGCUGCUGCGCGGCAUCUACCAGUUUGGCUUCGAGAAGCCCUCGGCCAUCCAGCAGCGCGCGGUGCUGCCCAUCACCCAGGGCCGCGACGUCAUCGCGCAGGCGCAGUCGGGCACGGGCAAGACCUCGCUCAUCGCCAUCACGCUGUGCCAGAUGCUGGACACCACGCUGCGGGAGGUCCAGGCGCUAGUGCUGUCGCCCACUCGCGAGCUGGCGACGCAAACAGAGAAGAAUAUCCUGGCAAUAGGCGACCACAUGGCGGUGCAGGCGCACGCGUGCAUCGGCGGCAAGUCUGUGGGCGACGACAUCCGCAAGCUGGAGAACGGCGUGCACAUUGUGAGCGGCACCCCCGGCCGCGUGUUCGACAUGAUCAAGCGGCGCAGCCUGAGGACCAGGAACAUCAAGACGCUGGUGCUGGAUGAGGCUGACGAGAUGCUGAACAAGGGGUUCAAGGAGCAGAUCUACGACAUCUACCGCUACCUGCCGCCCGAGACGCAGGUGGUGCUUGUGUCUGCCACGCUGCCCCACGAGGUGCUGGAGAUGACCCACAAGUUCAUGACCGACCCGGUGCGCAUCCUGGUCAAGCGCGAUGAGCUGACGCUGGAGGGCAUCAAGCAGUUCUUUGUGGCGGUGGAGCGCGAGGAGUGGAAGUUUGACACGCUGUGCGACCUGUACGACACGCUCACCAUCACCCAGGCAGUCAUCUUCUGCAACACCAAGCGCAAGGUGGACUGGCUGACGGAGAAGAUGCGGCAGAACAACUUCACCGUGUCGGCCAUGCACGGCGACAUGCCCCAGAAGGAGCGGGAGGCGAUCAUGGAUGAGUUCCGCAAGGGCGCCACCCGCGUGCUCAUCACCACAGACGUGUGGGCUCGCGGCCUGGACGUGCAGCAGGUGUCGCUGGUCAUCAACUACGACCUCCCCAACUCCCGCGAGCUCUACAUCCACCGCAUCGGCCGUUCGGGUCGCUUUGGCCGCAAGGGUGUGGCCAUCAACUUUGUGAAGAACGACGACAUCAAGAUCCUGCGCGACAUUGAGCAGUUCUACUCCACGCAGAUAGAUGAGAUGCCCAUGAACGUUGCCGACCUGAUUUAAGGCCUUGGUGGUUGCUGCUGCUUUUGGUGGCGCCAUCCCGGCGUGCACCGAGUGAGCGGCUGGUGCUGUCACCGCUGGCGGGUCUCACUCUGCUGCUGGCCUGGCUGCGGCAAGCCCAGCGAUGCCAUACCCCGGCUUUUGUUUCCAUUUGUUCCUGCUCUGUGGUGUCCUGCUUUGUUGCCGCAUCAUCUAUUUUACCCGCCUCUCCCUCGCCCUCACCAUCUGCCUGCCUCUUCCCUCCUGACACCUUGACUUCCGCGUGGCAUGGUAUGCUGUAAGUGUGACAACACAC